GUUAUAAGCAAGAAAAUUGAUGCUUAAACCAAUGAACUACAAUCGGAAGAAACCCUCACGAAUCGAGCAAUUAUCCGAUGUCGCCGCUUACGUCCUUCCAUAUCUACUUCCGGCCGAGUUAUCGGCGGUCGCAUUAACCUGCAAAACACUGCAUCUAUUUGUCAAAUCCGUCACCGCCGUCAGAUCAUCUGACGCUUGUAGGAACUAUGAGAAACUCCCCGUUCCGUUCGUUAACUCCACCGUAGACAAUCACCGAUAUGCCUACUUUAUCUAUAGUCCUACUCAAGUGCUAAGCUUACCCGACGACCCGCGUCGACAGCCGUGGGGUUUGUGUUUUGACGGACGACCCGAUUUGAAUCUGGUUCUACCUCCGACGGUGGAGGACGGUGGUAAGUGUGAAUGCGAGAGAUGCGAUGGGGAUACGGUGGCAUGUCCGUGUUCCAGGCUGAAGCUUCCUGGGCUAAAAUGGGAGUGUGGGUCGUGUUGCACGUGCGGGUUGGAGUGUGGGAACCGGGUGUGUCAGAGAGGUCUCUCGGUUCGAUUGAAGGUCGUUAGAAGUCGAAGGAAAGGUUGGGGUUUGCAUGCAGAUCAGUUUAUUCGAGGUGGAGAUUUCAUUUGCGAGUAUGCAGGUGAACUGUUGACGACAAAAGAAGCAAGAAGGCGUCAACUAAUAUACGAUAAACUUGCAUCCACUGGCAAGCAUACAUCCGCUCUUCUAGUUGUUAGGGAGCAUCUUCCGUCUGGAAAUGCAUGCAUGAGGAUCAACAUUGAUGCCACAAGGAUUGGAAAUGUUGCGAGGUUCAUCAACCAUUCUUGUGAUGGUGGGAAUCUUUUAACUGUAUUAGUACGAAGUUCAGGUGCUUUGUUACCUCGAGUUUGUUUUCUUGCUUCCCGAGAUAUAUCAAUAGACGAGGAGCUUACUUUCAGCUAUGGAGACACUGGUUUAAAUCCAAAUGGCUCACAGUGUUUUUGCGGUAGCAGUUGUUGCUCCGGAAUCAUGCCUUCUGAACAUACAUGAUAGCAGCAAGAAAAUUUUGCAGCUUCAUUUAUCAGAAACAAUGGGAGUUAUCUGGAUUGAAGCAUCUGAUUGGCAAAUGCUAACGGAUCCCCACUCUCUUCCUCGUCAUCAUCCUCAUCGUCAUUACAAGGUUGGCAAAGUUGAAGAGGAUUGAAGCUCUGUUGUGAAAGUGUAUCUCUGUGAUGGUCAUCUGCAAGAUUAUUCAAACUUGAAUCAAAGCUGUUCAUGUUAAGUAUGUUGUUAUUCGAAGCAGAUGAAGCAUUUGAAUAUGCGGGUCGCAGCAGUGAAAGGUGGUGCACUGGCUCAAGUUGCUGUUGUGAACUUUGAAGGGAGUUUGCCACUAGGAGCCUGUUGUUUAUUAGCUGGUUCUGCACCAUUGUGAGCUCGGUCUGCAAUGCUGCUACCUGUAAGUACAAACAUCAUAACACAUUGUUUAAUUAUAUUGCACAACCUGAUGACUGUUCUCGAGGGUUGGCUCAAAUUGCAAAUACUCCCUCGGUCCAAAAUUAGGGUCCACUUUCAAAAGUAAGAAUAAUUAUGAGAUGAAGAAAUUCAUUUCUCCCUCUAUUAUUAAAGGUGAAAAUGUCUGUUAAUAAAAAAUGUAAUGGUUACAUAUCUUCAAAACUAUGUCAUUUUCAUUAUGGACGUUUUUAUUUCGGGACUGAGGGUGCGCUUGGGAGCCAGGCAGGAUAGAACGAAAUUGGACAAUACAGAAUGGCACAUAAAAGUUGUUCAGCAUUUGGUAAGACA